AUGCUCAUCGCGAACUUUUCAACUAUCAUGAAUGAACGAGGACGGAUCUUGACUGCGAUAGGGGUGACCGCGGCCACCACUGCUGUAAUUAUCGAGGCAUUUCGUUACCUUUAUAACUCCAGUCGUUCAAAUAUCACAAAAGUGGAGCCAAAAAAGACCAUUUCAAGGAGCACUUACGACGAAGAACUUAUUUUGGAACAACUAGCAAGAAACUAUGCAUUUUUGUCUCCUGAGGGUAUGAGCAAGGUACGAGAGCAGCGUAUAGUGGUUGUUGGUGCUGGAGGAGUCGGCUCAUGGGUUGCUACUAUGUUAGCUCGUUCGGGUGUGGGAGCGUUGAGAGUCGUAGACUUCGACCAAGUGUCCCUCAGUUCCUUGAACAGACAUGCAGUUGCUACCAUCUCCGAUGUAGGAACUCCAAAGGUGGAGUGUCUCAAAACCCAUUUGAAACAAAUUGCCCCUUGGAUUCAUGUUGAAGGAAUAAAUCAGUUAUGGAAUUUAAAGUCAGCUGAAGAAUUGAUUUUCGGUGGAGAUUUCCGGCCAACAUAUGUUGUCGACUGCAUUGAUAACAUUGAUACCAAGGUAGAUUUGUUGGCAUUCUGCCACGAAAAAGGACUCAAAGUGAUCUCAUCGGGUGGAGCUGCUUGCAAGUCAGACCCAUCUCGCAUUAAUAUCUCUGAUAUUUCAAAAACUGAAGAGGACCCAUUGUCACGAUCUGUGAGAGUACGACUCAAGAAGAGAGGAAUCAUCUCCGAUAUACCAGUGGUUUUCUCUGCGGAAAAACCCGACCCUAGGAAAGCACAGCUCCUUCCAUUAUCCGAGUCUGAAAUUGAAAAGGGAGAUGUCGAUCAACUUUCAGCAAUUCAGAACUUUCGAGUUCGGAUUCUUCCCGUGUUGGGAACCAUGCCGGGAAUGUUCGGAUUAACUCUCGCAACAUACAUCAUCACGUCCGUCGCUGGCUAUCCAAUAGAACCAAUUGAGGGAAAGAACCGCUACAAGAUAUAUGAUAGUCUUCUUCAAAGUUUGGCCGGCCAGCAGUCUCGUAUAGGAGAGCCAGAUCAAAGGGUUCCCAUAGCAUUAAGUGAUGUAAGUUACAUCUUGGAGGAGGUGUUCCAUGGAAAGUCUCCAGUUUCGUUGUACUCCACCAAAUUGACUCUUUCUCGAUGGGAUCCAAAAAAGCCGAUUUCGUUUCAAAAUGUUGUUGUUUUGACCAAGGAAGAGCAACGGUACCAUGAAGAUCAUGUGUUGAAGGGUGGAGAAAAAGUUGAAGAAUGCUACGACCUGGAAGUAAUAGAGCGGGUUGAAAAGCGGUUCGAGGAAGAAAGAUAUUAUAGCCAAUACAGAUAG